ACCACAGUUCCUUGGCCAAAACUGGGAGAGGGAGGAAAACUUGCAAGGUGGUAAAAACACUUAAUUUGAGUAGCGAUGCACUGAUAAGUUAGAGGUGCAGAGACUAGCGUUAGAAAAGUUUAUGGUGAUUAGUUGCAUAGCGUUUCUUUUUUUUUUUCGUUAGGGUUAUGUAGGCAUAUUGGCCGUUGAUGCCGUAUUUUUUAUUUUAAAGUGUUAUUGCAAUGUCCGGUGGCUAUUAUACUAGUAGUACCUGUUCUGCAGUAAAUGCAGUAUAGCGAUAUUUCACAUCAAAGUAAUAGCGAAGGUAUUUGAAUAAGAUACCAAUACAAAUCGUCUAUCGUAUGCCCAUAAACUUGCCAUGUUAUAGCCUUUGUCUCACUGAUUCCCUAGAAAAUUAUACGAUUCUAGAGACAGGUGACCUUAUAAUCGAGUAAUUAAGUAUUGGGCGACCAAUACUUUCAUGAAAUUACCUGAUAACGUUUCAAAUUUGCACACAUGCACGCAAUGCAAUGCAAAAGAUCACUUACCUUUUGCUGGAAGUGCAACUGAAACCAUCGUCGGCGUCCAGAGCAGCGGAGUCAAGUGAACUGCGUGAGACGACACGAGCCACCCCGGGCACAGAGGCGGCUUCAGGUCGGGCAGGAACGCAUCAGUCGCAGCUCUGAGAAUGCAAGGGGCGGCGCAAACGAACUGCACUCGCCCGUGCUCGCUCGAGCGGGGUUCGCCCGCAGCUGCCGCCCGGCGAGCCUCUGUAACCGCCCGCGGCGGACUCGACUGGCUGAAUGUGGGUUAUGAGGGUGGCAUCUCGCUGCCGCUCUGACUGGAUGACAGGUCCACAGUCACACCGCGUCGUCAGAGGAGAGGAGCUCACUUAGACUGGAGGUCACCGAGGUCAAGCCAGCGGAGUCGGAGGCAGGGUUUGUGCCAGUGCCCGAUCGUGCAGCAAGGAUAUUACAAGUGAGGCGUGACCGAACACGGUUCCAUUAGCAUAUUUGAUUGCGGAUCAAGAGUCCAAGACCCUCAGAAUGUUGAUAAGGUGUGCAGUUUUCCAGUAAACUCAGAAGAUUUUGUUGACGGUAGAGUGACUAUCAGUUUUUUUCGAGGAAGACAUUAGGCCUUGCUGUCAGAAACAAAUCACAAGGAAUGCAUAAGAGAUAAAAGCGUCACUGAUAUAAUUGGUCAUUCGGAUUAACAGCUUUUGCUUGCAGUUUAUCGAAUUGAAGACCUUUCGGAGAAUUCGCUGAGAUAAACAGAAAGUGUCGUGUGCCUGAUAGCCAGCAUUUGUAGCGGCACCAGCCUGCACUGGAUGUCACCUGAACCCGCCGAACUUCUACAGAAUAAUGCAAAUAUCCGGUGACUUUGUGUGACGAGACGGUCAUGAGCUCAGCGCAAAUCCGCGGAGACUUUUCCGGCUACAGCCGUAUCUGGGAGCCGUGUUUAGCAGCUCCGGGCGGCAGGUCUCCGCCAGACUGAUCAUCAAGCGCCCAGCGAUGCGGGCUGUUCUCGGAGCGCUCCAGUCGGGGCACUGGGUCCGGCUGCUCGCGGUGACCUGCGCUCUGCUCAAGGUGGCGCGCUGUGACGCCAUACGCCGUCCUCUGCACCUGCCGGACCUGGAGUCACGCGGUCUGCGGCUCUCAGAGGACAGUCUGAGGACGGAGCGGCCUCUGUACCCCGGCCAGAGACGGGUGUACCACCAUCACGUGACGGAGCGGUCCCUGUACCCCGCACAUAGACGGGUGUACCACUCGCCGUACCACGGACAGGGCGCUGCCCACCGCCCUCCCCUCCCCUCCUCUCUACGGAUGUCGUACGUCCUUCCUCCUGUGGUAGCGGCUGGAGAAAAGCCCGCACCAUACGCCGCUCCCAUGAAAUCAUCCAGCCUCCCAUCACCAUAUGAUACAAAAAGCUCUCCAAAGCCAGCUGCGGCUCCAUCUCCCCAGACCCGACCUCAUAUGCCCCCAUCUAUGCUCUCUUAUUCUCAGAUCCCAGCUUCCAUGUCAGCCUACGCUCAAAUGCCUUCACCAAUGUCGUCCUACGCACAAAUGCCCUCUCCCAUGGCGCAAUACGCUCCGGUGCCGAUGCCGUCUCCCGCAGCGAUGUCCUCGUACCGACCGAUGCCCGAGCCAGCGCCGGCCCCCGCUCCGUCCUACAUGCCCAUGAUGCCGAUGAAGGCCGUGAUGCAGAUGAUGGACGUGAUGAACUCCUACAGCGCUCCGGCGCCGCCGCCGCCGCCGCCGCCGAUGUACUCUUCCGCUCCUGCGCCGAUGGCGAUGAAGGCGCCGGCGCCCACCUACAAGCCUGUGGAGAUGUGUGGCAGCAGCAAUACGGGCAUCUUCGCCUUCUUCGCCCUGAUCCCGCUCUCGCUCGAUCUCAUGCUGGACCUCAUGUUUGACCUGAUGGUGAACAUAAACAUCACGAAUACGGCUACUGGAGGCAACACCAACAACAAUAACAACAAUAACAACAACAAUAACAACAAUAACAACAACAAUAAUAAUAACAAUAACAACAAUAACAAUAACAAUAACGGAGCUAGAAGAAAGCGAAUGGUGGAAACGAUUGAGCUUCCAAUUGAUGUUUAUCGGGGCUCAAAAGAACAAAUGACUCAUUUUGUGGGAAAGGAGCUCAGCUCUUCCGAGCAGAUCGAUUCACUGUCAGGUGAUGGCAAGAUUCCAGAAAAUGACCAUGUGAUGACGCAGCCUUGUGAUCACAGUGAUCACGAAAAUCACGGAAAGCUCCAGACUUCUGAGGACAACAUCGUCAAACUUACAUUCACUACAGCGGAUGAACUAAAACCACAUCAAUUCGCGGACCACACUACUUCUCUCAACCAACAAAACAACAUUGCCUUUGUCCGUACUCAUGACAUCACCAGGACUGAUGGCCCGACCCACUGGGCCCCUGUCGACUUCGAGGAACAGCUCGGGACACCUGGAGAGACAACUGAAGAGACGAAUGGAGAUACGCCCGAAGAGAUUCCCGCACACAUGGAGAGACACCACAGGAGCACGGCAGUAGUCUGCUGGUUUCGCCAGCUGGCAUGGUUGAAGAGACACGCCGACACCAGCGGACAAAGGUGCAUGGAAACUCGGCUGUGUUCACUGAGGGAGCACACCCAGAGCAGGAGCGACGCCGACUACGUCACAGGGUUCAUGCUAAGUGUGGUCUAUGAUCAUCUGAAGAACGACGACUCCAGAGCAACAGGCUACGAUACCUGCAACACGCGACACUGCAACUGAGGAACGUUUCCGAGCUUUCCUACGGGUUCAUAGUGACAAUUUAUCAUGUCUUAUAGGGUGCUGAAGUGUAACAUUGUAAUGAGCUAUAUCAUAUCAUUUGUGAAACACUUGAUGCGGUUAGCCGAUGUGGACGCUCAUGGGCAGCUGACUUUGAGUAGCUCAUUGUGUUGAAUAGCGUUGAAUAACGGUAUGUAGAACGCCAGACAGAUCGAUGUAGGCAUAUCGCCCCUUGAGUAGUUUUGCAUCAAUUAUCUGAUUAAUAAAUGUUGUUGAACUAGGA